AUGGACCAGGGAACCCAGGCUGAAGUCCUCCUAAUGUCCAAGGCUAGUCCCUGUCAAGAAUUCUUGGAGGACCCGCUACCUCUAGCCAAGCAGCCCUGGCCCUGGGACCCGCACCAGGUAGACGCCAGUCAGCUGCCACUGGGUUUGCCUCCCAGCUACCUAGCAAAGCCCAUUAUGCAGGGGCGCAAAGAGAAGGUCCAGGCAGUGGGGGAAGAGCGGACUGGCAGCCAAAUCCCGUCGGAGGGAGUGAACCUGAAACCCCGCCCCCCACCCAAUGGCUAUGACCUGGACAGCAAAGCGGCACAGGGCCCCGGGUCCAGGGCUGAGCCUCAAGUGGGCUGUGGGGCCAUAGAGAGCCCUGCUGCCAUGGAUCCCCUGGGCCUAGGGGACCUGUCUUCGGGUUCACUAAGUUCCCUUUCCUCCCGCGGCCACCUGGGCAGCGACACGGGCUCCGCAACGCGAUACCUGCUGAGGAGACAACAGCGGCUGCUGGAGGGGCCCCCCCGGGGAAUCCGAGCCUCCUCACCCAUGGGCAGAGUCAUCCUCAUCAAUUCCCCCAUCGAAGCCAACAGCGAUGAGAGUGACAUCAUCAAUGCAGUGACUGUAGAAAAAAGCCCAGCAGGAAAGCUGGGCUUCAGCGUCCGCGGGGGCUCAGAGCAUGGCCUGGGCAUCUUUGUCAGCAAAGUGGAGGAAGGGAGCAGUGCGGAGAGAGCUGGGCUUCGAGUGGGAGAUAAAAUCACGGAGGUGAAUGGGCUCAGCCUGGAGAGCACCACCAUGAGCAGCGCCGUGAAGGUGCUGACGGGGAGCAGCCGUUUGAGUAUGAUGGUGAGGCGGAUGGGCCGGGUGCCUGGGAUCAAGUUCUCUAAGGAGAAGACCACGUGGGUGGAUGUGGUCAAUCGAAGGCUAGUGGUGGAGAAAUGCAGUUCAACCCCCUCAGACUGCAGCUCCGACGACGGCGUGAGACGCAUCGUCCACUUGUACACAACCUCUGAUGACUUCUGCCUGGGCUUCAACAUCCGCGGGGGCAGAGAGUUUGGUCUGGGAAUCUACGUCUCCAAAGUGGACCACGGAGGACUGGCAGAAGAGAAUGGCAUCAAAGUGGGGGACCAAGUCCUGGCAGCCAAUGGAGUGAAGUUCGACCACAUCAGUCACAGCCAGGCUGUGGAAGUGCUGAAGGGCCAGACGCACAUCAUGCUGACCAUUAAGGAGACAGGAAGGUAUCCCGCCUACAAGGAGAUGGUGUCUGAAUACUGCUGGCUGGACCAAUUGAACAAUGGGCCCCUGCAGCAGCUGUCACAGACAUCGGAGAGUAGUUCAACUGUCUCCUCCUACUCCUCCAGCAUCCCCUACAGUUCUGGCUCUGGCUCCAGCUGCCUCCCCUUGGACAUGGUGGACGUGGGCCUAUCCACAGAGGAGCUAGUUGGGCCAGGGGCCAGGGGCUGGGGACGAGCAGACACGGCCAUACAGACUGAGCCAGAGGUCAGCGGGGUGGUGGAGACAUGGUGCAGUGUCCGGCCUACAGUCAUCCUCAGAGACACAGCCAUCCGAUCAGAUGGGCCCCUCCUUGGCCGAAGGUCCGGCUCACGCCUUGACACCGCACUGUCCGAGUCGCCCAAAACAGCCCUCCUUCUGGCUCUCAGCAGGCCUCGUCCACCUAUCACUCGCUCUCAGAGCUACCUGACCCUAUGGGAGGAGAAGAAACGACGGAAGAAAUCGGGGUCAGCGUUGACCCCAGAGAAGGGUACCCUACAGCGCUCCAAGACACUGAUGAACCUUUUCUUCAAGGGGGGAAAGACUGGGCGGUCAGGAGGAGAUGGCAAGAAUGAGGCCGCAGGGCUGGAGAAUGAGAGUACUGGCAGGUUCCGUCCACAUUUGGAAGGGGAGAAAGGGGGAUCAGGACCUGUGCAGAAGUUUGUCACCUGGAAACUGAGAAGGGACAGAGAGAGAGCUCAAUCAAUGCUCUUCCCUGGAUCAGAGGGACACUCUAGCAAACUGCCCAAUGGAGAGGACCGGGUCCAGGCUUGGGAGAGCCGUCUCCCCCUCAUCCAGGACCUGGCCCGACGCCUACUCACUGAUGACGAGGUCCUGGCUGUCACCCGUCACUGCACCCGGUAUGUCCAUGAGGGUGGGGUGGAGGACCUGGUGCGGCCACUGCUGGCCAUCCUGGACCGGCCAGAGAAAUUGCUGUUACUUCGAGACAUCAGGAGUGCAGUGACCCCUGGAGACCUCAGCAGAUUUGACAGCCUAGUGAUGCCCAAGGAGCUAGAAGCAUAUGAAGCCCUCAAAAGCAGGGCAGUGAGGCCUCCAGCUCUUCGACCCACCCGGCAGGACACGCCACCCAAGCGCCACCUCAUCACACCUGUGCCUGACAGCCGGGGAGGCUUUUAUCUGCUCCCAGUGAAUGGCUUCGCUGAGGAGGAGGAGGAGGAGGAAGAGGCGGCAGUGGCGGCCACGGCUGGCGCGCUGGGCGACCGACUGGCGGGGAUGAAGGUCUCACAGCCGGCUGACCCCCGGAGUCCAGUCCCGACUCCGGCCGCCACUCCUCGCCGCUCUCACAAGCCCUUCCCUCCGCUGCGGGACGUCCCUGUGGACGCUUUCUCCUGCCCCGGACGCCGCAGCGCGUCUCCUCCGCCGCCACCACCCCGACCACCCCCAGUAGCCCCUCGGCCGCCACGGCCCAACUGGCUGCUGAGCGAGCCCCCCCGGCGGGCUCGGGAGGAUGGCCGGCAUAGCCGGAGCCGGGGGCGCAGCCGCAGCCGCAGCCGCAGCCGCGGGAAGUCUCCCGGCCGCCGGCGCUCCCCGUCCCCGGCCCACGGGAACGGGCGCUGCGGCAAGCCUCGCCGCUCCCGGCCACCCCUCCCCAAGGCCCUCCCAGGCUCCAGCGCGCUGAGGAUCGACCACGAGCAGCCUAGAGGGACCCAGGAGCAAGGGACGCCUCCGGACCGCGACGGAGACGGGGAGCUCAGGACCGUCACUCUCUCCAAGCUCAGACAAUCCCUGGGUAUUAGCAUUUCCGGGGGAAUAGAGUCCAAGGUGCAACCCAUGGUGAAGAUUGAGAAGAUCUUUCCUGGAGGGGCAGCCUUCCUCAGUGGGGCUCUGCAGGCUGGCUUUGAGCUUGUGUCUGUGGAUGGGGAGAGCCUUCAGCAGGUGACUCACCAACGAGCUGUGGACACCAUCCGCAGGGCCUAUCGCAACAAGGCCCGGGAGCCCAUGGAGAUAGUGGUCAGGGUCCCCGGGACACCAGCCACCACCUCUUAG